AUGGCUUUGCCUUUCGGCUAUUUCGAGCUGAUUCUUGCAGCUUUUUGCUAUCUCUGUAUCUUCGUUUUCCGGCAACGGCACCAAUUUCUCUUCGACUGGCCGUUUGUCGGAAUGCUUCCGGCAUUGGUUAGUCAUGUCGACGUGAUCCACGAACGUUGUGCCGAGAUUCUCCGGUUAACCGGCGGCACUUUCUUGUUCAAAGGACCAUGGUUCAUUAAUAUGAACAUGUUGGCCACCGUGGAUCCGGCAAACGUCCACUACAUCAUGAGCUCCAACUUCGUGAAUUUCCCGAAAGGCGACGAGUUCCGGGGUAUUUUCGAAGUUCUUGGAGACGGGAUCUUCAAUUCGGACUAUGAGUUGUGGCGGAGCCAUCGGAAGAUCACUAGCUGUUUGAUCAAUAAUCAGACGUUUCUACGGUCCGUUGCAAAAACGAACACGGAAAAACAAACGAACGGGUUGAUUCCGGUUCUUGAUUACAUCGCUGCAAACGGGAUCGUCGUAGAUAUGCAAGACGUGUUUCAACGGCUUACGUUCGACACGACUUGCAUGUUUAUAACUGGACACGACCCCGGGUGUUUAUCGGUCGAUUUCAAAGACGUUCCGUUCUCGAGGGCCAUGGACGAAGCCGAAGAAGCCAUUUUUGCACGUCACGUUGUUCCGAAAAUCGUUUGGAAAGUACAAAAAUGGUUAGGGAUCGGGAAGGAAAAGAAACUAAAAGAGGCGUGGAAAACGUUAGACGAUGUGACCACGGGUCUCAUAGCACGAAAACAAAAAGAUCUAAGCGAAGGCGUAUCGUUAGACUCUAACGACAUGUUGACGUCUUUGAUAACCGAUCGUCAAUCUUUCAGCGACGGAAUAAUUAAAAACAACGAUAAGUUCUUAAGAGACACGAUCUUAAAUUUGAUGAUUGCGGGCCGGGACACAACGAGCUCAUCGUUGACGUGGUUUCUCUGGCUCGUUGUGACCCACCCAGAUAUCGGAAAAAAGAUUCGAGACGAGAUGAAUGGGAUUAUUCCCAAAUCGGAAGUCGAAAAAAGGCGAAUUUUCGAAGCCAACGAAAGUAACAAAUUGGUGUAUUUACACGCUGCAUUUUGCGAAGCGUUAAGGUUAUAUCCACCGGUUCCGUUUCAACACAAGGCUCCGGUUCAACCCGAUGUUCUUCCUAGCGGCCAUCGUGUCGAUCCCAAUAUGAAGAUUUUAUUUUCGUUGUACGCCAUGGGGAGAAUGGAAACGAUCUGGGGUGAUGAUAGCUUGGAAUUCAAACCGGAGAGGUGGAUUACUGACAAACAAACAAUACGACAUGAGCCAUCAUACAAGUUCUUGUCCUUCAAUGCUGGUCCACGGACAUGUAUCGGAAAACAUGUAGCCUUCACCCAAAUGAAGGCCGUAGGUGCAACCAUUUUACACAACUACGAGUUUGAAAUGGUCAAAGGUCAUGUUGUAGCUCCUAACGUUUCGAUCAUUCUCUACAUGAAACAUGGCUUGAAGGUUAGGGUUGCACCAAGAUGGCCUUGACCUAGUGUCAGUGGUGGUCGGUUUUUAUAUCAUCAUAUUUACUGUUUUUUGCAACAUAAUUGUCGUUUCUGGCAAAAAAAAGGACAAAAAUAAAUACUUUAUUUUGAAAGAAUUGUUUAUUUCAAGCAAAGUAUGAUGACGGAGAUGGAAAAACAGUCUAAAAUUAUCCGGGUUUAUUGACCAGAAAAGUCAAAAAAAAUUGAUUUGAAAUCAACCACCCGUCAACGUUAGUAAGAUAUUAGGGUUUGGUAAGAGUUAAUGUGUGGAAUCUCUGGAAUAUGUUAUGUAUAAUAACUACGUGUUUAAUGAAAUCAACCUU